AUGAAAAGAAUCUUUAAGAGCGGCUGCCACAUCCACGUGCGCUGGUUUCCCUUCGACGUGCAGCGCUGCGACCUGAAGUUCAGCUGGUGGACGUACGGCAGCUGGUCUCUGGAUCUGCAGAGGAUCCAGGCCGACGUCACCGGAUACUUCUGGUGUGGGACCUCGUGGGUAAGAGUCAUCGUUCCCGGUCGCAGGAACGAGCGUUUCUACGACUGCUGCGAGGAGCCGUACCCUGACGUGACCUUCACCCUGGUGCUGAGGAGGAGGACGCUCUGCUCCGGACUCAACCUCCUCAUCCCCUGCUUCCUCAUCUCCACCCUGGCUCUCCUUGUCUUCCUGCUGCCGGCCGACUCCGGAGAGAAGAUCUCUCUGGGUGUCACCGUGUUGCUCUCUCUGACGCUCUUCAUGCUGCUCGUGGCUGAGAUCAUGACGUCAGACUCGGUUCCUCUGAUCGCUUCUCACUGAUCUUCUCUCCUGGUGUCUCAGCUCAGUACUUUGAGUGUGUCGGUCAUCGCCACGGUUCUGGUUCUGCAGUAUCAUCACCACGACCCUGAUGGAGGACACAUGCCACAGUGGGUCAGAGCUGCAGAGCUCGUUCAGUCAGAUCUGCCACCAGGCUCCUGGCUCGGUGCUGGAGCUGCUGCUGCAGUCGGAUCAGCCGAGCGCUUCAGGAAGGCUCAGGACUUCAUCCGGGCCCAGGGCCUCUCCACAGACACGGUGGCCGAGCUGGUCUCCUCCGCCGUGGCCCAGGCGCUGCUGGACUCCUCCCACGACAUCAGGAAGAAAAAGUUUCAGAGUCUCAGCGUCAACUCAGUCACGGAAUAG